UGCACAAAUUUAAGCCAUAUCCCGUUCUGGGGCCUAAUGCUCGUACUCGAUAUCGAGUUGUUUCGAUAGAUAAUUUGAAUUUUUGGAUUACCGUAUCCGUGAUCGAAUAAAAUUUAUCGAUAUGUCGAAUAAAACUAUUCGAGUUUUUGCCCGCCACAUUCUACCUGUCGAGACCAAAACAAAACAGAAGAAAAACGAAAUGAGCACGAAUUGCAACAAAAUAAAUUUUAAGCAAAAGGCAAUUAUGGCAGAUUUUAUGUCUGACCACCCGGGACUUGCCAAAGGAAAAAUUUCGAAUUGUCCAGAAGGUAGAGCGUCAUCCAAUCGUUUGUGGGAGCAGUUAACAACCAAAUUAAAUGGAGCAGGACCACCCGUAAAGAAUGUCACCUUGUGGCGAAAGGUUUAUGCAGACCAAAAACAACAAGUUAAGAAGAAAUUAUCUUUUAACAAGGCAUCAAAGAAUCAGACAGGUGGAGGCCCAUAUGAAGAAAAACUCCUCACCCAAUCAGAAGAGCUGAUACUGGAAGCAGCAGGAUUAUCAGCGGCUGUAGAGGGGCUUUCUUCAGUCCAAAGUUUUGGUGCAAAAAAAGGAAUGGAAGUGGAUAGGAAGGAAAACGACGAGGAAGAACUGAUGGAUGUAGAAAAUGAUAUGGACUGCAGCAUUGGUUCCACUGUGCCUUCAUCUACUCAACGUCGUACCAAAUCAGCCUCCAAGAUGGAUCUUUUGAAAGAGAAUAUAGAAAAACACGAUGAAGGGAUGCGCGAAAGGAAGUUGUUUUGGGAUACUCUAAUGGAUUGUAAAAGAAAGUCCCUCAAAAUUAAAGAGGAAACAUAUAAAUUGAAAGAAAGAUCUUUAAAAAUAAAGGAAGAAGAGCAUAAGUCAAAUAUGGCUAUAAAUAAGGUCGAGCUUGAGAUAAAAACGUUGGAAUUGAAUUUGCUGAAACAAAAGGCCGAUUUGUAA